AUGGUGUCCACGACAAGAGGAACUCUCUCGAGAGCCGCGGCGGAGAAGGCGGAAGGAAAGAAACCGCGGACAGAGGAAGGCUCAGGCAGAUUGCCACUAUCUUCGAGAGAUGCAGCUUGCGAGGCUGAUGAUGAACCCUCCCCUGCAUACCAGAAGGAAACCAUCGAGUUCCUCUCCACUCUCCGAGUUAACUUCUACGAGCCUGACGAGAUCGUGCCUGAGGGCAUGGAAGUGGAAGGUUCUCCUUCCGAAUCAACAAGAGGAAGUACCGGAUGA